UUGCGGAAUUUCUGAUAUCAUCAGCAAUAUUGUUUGGUCAUUCGACGCAUUCAGCUCUGAGCAGCAAGAUGGCUUUCUUAAGCUUGCUCAGACUAAUGGUUAUUUCCCUUGUAUAUGUACAGUUUACAUGUGCUCAGCAUUGUGAGAAUGGAGUCAAAAUGGCACAUUUCGAACUGCCCAAGAGCAUUAUGCAUCCAAAAUUUGGCUACUGUUUUAACGUUUCUGAAUUUUCGCAGGUAAAACCCAUGGUUUCCAAAUUAUGCUGUGCUGGGUAUUACGAAGAAGGUGACAAUUGCCUUCCAGUGUGUAAAAACGGCUGCCAACACGGUGAAUGCACAUCUCCGGACAAUUGCAAAUGUAACGAGGGAUACGUCAUGGCGAAUGGACGGUGUGUGUUGAGUUGUGAUCCUGGGUGUGUAAGUGGAGACUGUAUUGCUGCGGGAAAGUGUAGAUGUUGGAAAGGAUAUCGAACGCUAACAGAGUCAAAUGUUUGUAUACCAACAUGCGAACCACCGUGUGAAAAUGGUACUUGCGUGGGUGUGAACCAGUGUAGAUGUCACAAUGGUUACAUCAAUUCAACCGAUAACUACCGCUGUGAACCGAUCUGCGAUCCACAGUACACAAUGGUUGAAAAUGGAGUGUGCAUUGCCCCAAAUGUUCUACGUUGUAACACAGCGUUCACGCUUACAUUAUCUGCCGAUUCCACGCUGGCGUGCACCAAUGACUCACAAAUUCAUAAAUCGAGUUUCAACUUCAACGCCGUUCUGCGCAAAUUUUGCAUAAUUGCCUCCAUCAUAACUGGAUUAAUUGUAAUAGUUGCGGCUGCGGUUAAAAUUUUAAAAUGUGUUUUCAUGAAGAAAUUUCAGAUAAAUAUUUAUGGCCACAGCCCUUCUGAGGGCUACAAUGACGCUGAGCAUGGGAGCUCAAGCAAUUCGCCUAUCACUACAACGAUUAUGUCGUCAAGUCCCCUCCCGCAGACACGGAAGAGCUCGAAGUCGAAAUAUACAAAAAUGUAAUCGCGAGGAUAAGCC